GUCCUGCCCUCGUAUCUGCAGCCUCGCCGGCCUCCGUGUUCGCUCGCACAGCGCCAUGCCCCCGCCCCAACUGCCAGUUCGAGGCCGACGGCCCCUCAGCACUUGCUGCGGCUGCCUAUCGCUGCGAACCGGCUCUCUGAUCGUUAUCGGCCUCAACUGGUGGUGCGACCUGGCUGUCAUUGCCGUUCUUUCGAGUCUCUUCGUCCUCACCCGGAGUCGCCCAUCCUUUCUGGAAAACUACAUCGAGCUGAGCUCGUUCGAUUUCGCCUUUUGGGCCAAGUUCGGCCUGUGGUCGAUAUUUCUGGCAUAUGUGGAUCUGGUGAUUAUGUCACUUGGAAUGCUCGGAGCCAUCACGCAAGAUCUGCGUCUCAUCAGCAUGUUCAACCUCUACUACUGGAUUCAUAUCGGUCUGGGCCACCUCGGAAUGAUCUACUUCCACUACACCCUCCUCAGCAUCACCUGCGCGUCCUACACCUCGUCUGGAGCCGUUCCGGCACAUCCUAUCCAUGACAUCCAAGCGCGCAUGCUGGGGAUCCCGACCCAAACACUAUUUGAGUUUGACGGCGCGGACGAGUUUUGCGACUUUGCCACUGGCGACGUCAAGUUCUGGGAUGGACUCUAUGAAAGCACGGUCGGCGAGGUUCUGAACCUCCUCAUAUCGCUUUACCUUGCCCUCGUGAUUCAGUCGUUCACCGAGGAGCUCAAGUCGCGCAUGCGGCCCGUCCAUCAUGCUUAUCCGCCGCCAGAAGCACAGACGCUACCUGAUACCGAGCCCGCGGCUGCAUCCUCCGGAUCUACACCACCAGUACCGUCGCCAUCUGAAUCGGCGACCUUGGCGAGACCAGAUACUUCAUCAAGCACCGCAUCGCAGCCGGGCGCAGAGAAAGCAUCCGUUGAAGCUGGACACGCCACGGCAGGGUCGUCGUCGGAGACGGUGGCGGCAUGAGUUUGGUCCAGGCCGAGCGCAAUACAGCCGUCUUGCUGUCGUCUUGCUGUCGUCUUGCUGCCAUCUUGCUGCUGCACUGCGAGCGCCAUGGCGGCCCAGAAACCACAUGGCGUUGUGCCACCGCCGCCCAGCUGCGCACACGGAGCGCGUGUGACCAGGCAUCGCCCAGCUUCCCGCCGAGAAGACCGCGCGCCGUGUCCAGGGCAGCCGGAAAUUAUAUUUUAAUUUAUCAGAUGUGGGCCUGCGAUUGGCCCGUGUGUGUGUGCAGUCGCACAAAUAGAAAAGUUUGAGG